UUGGAUUGGAUGGAAUGUUAGAUUGCAUUUUAUAAUAAUAUAUGGAAUAUUAGAUGUUGUAUUGUAUAGUAGUAAAUCUGUAGAAUGUAGGUGUUUAGUGGUUCUGGUUAUUAUAUUGUAUUGUAUUUAUUUAUCAUGCAAUCAAAAACAAGAUACGAGAUUUAUUUAGCAACAGCAGUUCUUGCUGUAGGGGCAGUAACAUAUUUAUUUUGGAAACGGAAAAGCCGACUUCUAGACGCUGUUGAUGCUUUUUCGUAUAUAAAUAUCAAAAUUGUCACUAAUGAAAGAAAUUGCGACGAAGCGGUCAAUGAAUUACGAAGGCGAUGCUGUGACUACAAUGCUUUAGGAUUUGACUGUGAAUGGGUGACAGAUCACGGAAAAAGAAAGCCAGUUGCACUGGUUCAAUUAUCAUCAUCUGAUGGCCUGUGUUGCUUGUUCAGGCUUAGUUCAAUGGAAACUAUACCUAAUUCUUUAAAGGAUCUCUUAGAAGAUGAAAAAAUCUAUAAAGUUGGAGUAGCAGCAAAUGAUGAUGGAAAAUAUCUGUUCCAAGAUUAUUCAGUGAAGUUGAAGUCUACAUUAGAUGUAAGAUAUCUAGCAGAACUAUGUGGACUAGAGCCAGGUGGUCUUGCAGUUUUAUCCAAGAACCUACUGAGAAUUGUCUUGGAUAAGAGUUGGAGGAUUCGUUGUAGUAACUGGGAAGCUGAUGAACUGACGGUCAAUCAAAAACAAUACGCUGCUGCUGAUGCUCAUGUAGCCAUCAAGAUAUUUGAAUAUUUGCUGAAAGAAUACCGUUUCAAAUCUAUGAUGAAGGAUCUAUUAAGAUUAUCAAAGAAGCUAAGCGUAGAUGACAUCUGCCAAAAAUAUGCUGAUAUUGGAUUCAAGCAGAAGAGCAGAAAAGUUGCAGGAGACAUCCCUAAAGAGUCGAAGCUUAAAGAUGUAAGAGUAAGCAAGAGGUAUGUCCUCCGUUCUAAGCCAUUGUAUCAGAAUUGUUUCCUACAAGCACCCGAUGGAGACUUAUUGUGUACAUGCGACAACAAGAAAGCUUUGUGGUACGUGGACAAGGGUCUGGCGGAGGUGGUGGGGGGCGAGCCUCUGACGGUGCGGCUGCGGUUCGAGCCGGCGGGCCGCUCGGUGGGCGAGGUGGGCCGCUACUACGCGCAGCCCAAGGCGAACAGGUGCGUCGUCUGCGGCGCCACCAACUCCUACAUACGGAAGAACGUCGUGCCCAGGGAGUACAGGAAGUAUUUCCCGGAAAUAAUGAAGGAGCACUCGUCCCACGACGUGGUGCUGCUGUGUGCGGCGUGCCACCAGCGCAGCAACGCGCGCGACCAGGCCGUGCGGGCGCGCCUGGCCGAGCGCGCGCGGGCGCCGCUGCCCGCCGCCGACAACGCCAGGGAGACGCUCGACGUGCGCAAGAAAAAAGUGAAGUCUGCUGCCAACGCGUUGCUUUACCAAUCGCAGAAGCACGAGCUGCCAGAGGAGAGGCGGAAGGUGCUAGAACAGAUCAUCCUCGAUUACUACCCUCAACAUAAGGAGGUCUCCGAGGACGUACUGAAGGAAGCGGUCGAGCUGUGUGUCGUCCAAGAAAAUGUCGAUUAUGAAUCUCACGGAAUGAAGGUUGUUGAAUAUUUCUCUAAACGCGACGGCGGUCUGCUCGCUCUGGAGCAGAUGUGGCGGGAACAUUUCAUAAAUGUCAUGAAGCCUAAUUAUUUGCCUGAUCUGUGGUCCGUCAAACACAACGAAGAGAGGUUGUGGAUAAAAUGGAGUGAGGGAAGAUUAUCAGAAAAUGAUCUCAAAGUUAUUGGCGCCAGGUGGUCUUGAAUAUAAAUGGGAAGAGAUUCUAAGUACACUUUCUUCUCCAGUAUGGUAAUAGGCUUUAAAUGCCAUUGUUGCCAGUGUCGAAUUUUUUAAAAUAAAUUAUUUUUUAAGCAAAUUGCAACUGUAUGAGAUAAAAUUGUUUAUUUGAAAUAGUAUUUGGUAUUGGUAUGAAAUUAAAUGAAAUGGAAAUGAAAAAUGACCAAAUAAAAUGGUGGGAAUUUAGUAAUCAUAAAAACUUCUGUGGGGAUUUAGAGAACCCGAGAAGUCACCUCCGGCGACUAUGUUUUAUUUUCCUAUACUUGUAUUAUUUCAAAGAUACUAAAUGGUCAAUAAGCUAUCAUUACGUAUAACUUCGUUCCUCGAAUAUAAAUAAUAUUACAUUUUGUUUAUUUUUUUGUAAAAUGUCAAACUUUGUGUCAUUUGUAUGUAUGUAA